AUGGAGACUGAAAACAAUACAACAGUGACAGAGUUCAUUAUUUCGGGAUUAACAGACAAUCCUAUGCUAUGUGCCAUUUUCUUCGUGUUUUUUCUAGCAGUUUAUAUAGUUACUAUACUGGGAAAUAUUAGCAUAAUCCUCUAAAUCCAAAGCAGCCCACAGCUUCACACGCCAAUGUACCUUUUUCUCAGCCAUUUGGCUUUUGUGGACAUUGGGUAUUCCACAUCGGUUAUGCCCAUCAUGCUCAUCAAUUUCUUAAGAGAGAAAACGACUAUUCCUGUCACAGGCUGUAUAGCACAGCUUGGCUCUCAUGUCAUGUUUGGAACCACAGAGUGCUUCCUGCUGGCCACUGUGGCCUAUGAUCACUAUGUGGCUAUCUGCUCUCCCCUGCUUUACUCCAUCCAAAUGCCCCCAGUCGUCUGCUUCCUCCUACUGGGAGCCUCCUACCUGGGUGGAUGCCUGAACGCUUCGUCUUUUACAGGCUGUUUCAUGAACUUGUCCUUCUGCGGUCCAAAUAAAAUCAACCACUUUUUCUGUGACCUCUUCCCACUCUUGAAGCUUUCUUGUGGCCAUGUUUACAUUGCUGAAAUAUCCCCUGCCAUCUCCUCUGCAUCUGUCCUUAUCAGCACGCUGUUUACCAUAAUCGUGUCCUACAUCUACAUCCUUCACUCCAUCCUGAAGGUGUGCUCUACUGAGGGAAGGAAGAAGGCUUUCUCCACCUGCGCUUCCCACCUCACUGCAGUCACUUUGUUCUAUGGGACCAUUUUGUUUGUUUAUGUGAUGCCCAAGUCAAGCUAUUCAGCGGAUCAGGUCAAGGUGGCAUUUGUGAUCUACACGGUGGUGAUUCCCAUGCUGAACCCCCUCAUCUACAGUCUCAGGAAUAAGGAGGUGAAAGAGGCCAUGAGAAAAUUGAUGGCAAGAACACAUUGGUUUUCCUGA